AUGAUCAGCCUGAAACCUGCGUAUACCUCAUAUCUGGGCGAGAAACAGAUCGACAGCUUGCGAUUAUACAAGUACGCUGCCGUCGACAAAUCUCCCAUCUCUCGAUACAUUUUGAAGCACUAUUGGGAUUUUGCCAUCACUUUAUUUCCAAGAUGGAUAGCUCCCAAUUUAAUCACUCUGAUCGGCUUAUUCUUCAUGAUUGCCAAUGUCAUUGUAGUUUGUAUAUGGUCGCCCAAUCUUGAUACGGAUGCUCCCAACUGGAUCAACUUUAGUUUUGCUGCUGGUCUCUGGCUGUACUCUACAUUUGAUAACGUAGACGGUCGUCAGGCUCGUCGCACUGGAACAUCUUCUCCGUUGGGUGAGUUAUUUGACCAUGGCUGUGAUGCUGUGAACUGUACGUAUGUGGCUUUGUUGCAAGCAGCUGCAUUGGGCUUGGGUCACACCCCCUCUGCUGCACUUCUGCUAUUCGUUACAAUUGCUGGCUUCUAUCUUUCAACUGUUGAGGAGUACUAUACUGGUGUUCUCUAUUUGGGCUAUGUGAAUGGGCCAACUGAGGGUAUUAUUAUUACAUGUUUGGCCUUUAUUUGGUCUGGUGUUUAUGGUAUUGCUUCCUGGCACGUGCCUGUAGAUGAGAUCUCAUGUCUCGCUUGGACAACGUCAAUUUUACCCAGUGGCACCACUGGAGCUGACCUGUUUGUAUGGGGUAUGGUUGUAUUCUUCCUUGUUACACAUCUUCCAGUAUGUGUUUAUUCAAUUGCUCGAGUGUGUAAGGAGAAGGGGCUCAAGAAGAGAUCAGUCUUUGAGAAUGUGUUCUUACCUCUAGUCUUCACCGGCAUCUUCAUCUAUACAUGGUUGUCAUCCUCCUCAUCCAUCAUUUUCACAGAAAAUCACUUCAUCGCAUUCGCUAUUUUCUCAGGACUCUUGUUUGGUGAAAUGGCAUCUGAUAUCAUCCUUGCUCAUUUAACAAAGUCAGAAUAUCCUCGCUUUAUUAGCAUUUACGCACCAUUAUUCCUGUCAUCAUUGAUUGUGAACUUGCAAAGCUUUUUCCAAACUAAACUGGUAGAUGAAUACAUUCUACUGCUUGUGCUAUGCUGCACUAAAUUUUACACCUUCAUUGUAAGAGCAGUCCGUGUCAUUAAUGCAUUCUGUGAUUUCCUGGGCAUUCGUUGUCUUGUGAUCCCUACAUCCAAGCAAACAGAUAGAGUCAUUGUACCGAAGACACCAGCUGAAGAAGAGGCUGAAUCCUUGUUGGUAGCCCAGGAGGAAGGGUCUAAUCAGCAGCAACAAUACAACACAUUCUAA